UGUUCUCUGCUCGUUCGGUCUGUUGAGUUUUGUUAAAUUGCUUUACUAUGUAGUCGCCUGAGUUCAGUUUUGUUUAUUUGACCUAUUUUACGGGCUCAGAACCUGAGGUCUGUAUCACGAAGCAGGAUUACGGACUUAGCGAGGUAACUUCAGGGUUAACCCCACAUGUUUCCGGUAUCACGAAGCUGGAUUCAUUCUUAUCGAGGUACGUUACCAUGGUAACCCACUCUGAGCGUCUCACCUGCUUCGGGUCAGGGUAACUUUCACGGAUUGAUCUGAAUCCGGUAAAAGGCUCCGCCCACCGGCCCAAUCAGCUGUUCGGGACGGGAUGGCGUGUCCUUUCAUUGAAGACCCGAUUGAUAUUGGAGCCCAAAUCAUUAGAAGAGCGUUACAGCGUGAACGCAUCUUCCAGGAUCGGUCGGAUCCAUUAGACCACAGUGAUGACUACCUCUAUGAGAGGUACGGGUUCUCACGGCCCAGUCUGACGUACCUCUGUGAGAUCCUGGAGCCGUAUGUUGGCCGUGCGACCCGCAGGAGUGCAGCCCUCACGGUCCCGCAGACCGUGUGCAUCGCUAUGCGGUUUUACGCCACCGGCAGCUACAUGUACUCCGUCGGAGAUGCUGAGCGUCUCAGCAAAAGCACCGUCUGUCGAGCCGUGCAUCAAGUGUCCUCCGCCCUGACAAACUUGACUGAUGACUUCAUCGUCUUUCCGGGACACUUGCCGAUACAGCAAAUAAAAGAAGGAUUUUACGCCAUCGCAGGUUUCCCCAGGGUGCUCGGGUGCAUUGAUGGCACCCUCAUCCCCAUCUCUGCACCUCUGGGUGAUGAUGAGAGGGAUUACAUUGACCGACAUAAUGGCCGCAGCCUCAACGUGCAGAUGACGUGCGAUUUUAACAGCAUCAUCACCAGCCUUGAUGCCAAGUGGCCUGGCUCUGUGCAUGAUUCUCGGAUUUUUCACGAGUCCACACUCUUCCAGAGGCUGCAGCAGGGAGACUUCAGUGGAGUGCUGCUUGGAGAUCGGGGGUACGCCCUGCACCCCUUCCUGAUGACUCCCUACCCAGACCCUGAACCAGGACCUCAGACCCGUUUUAAUACAGCCCACAACAAAACCAGGGUUAAAAUCGAAAACACCUUUGGCCUCAUUAAGGCCCGCUUUGCUUGCCUGCGACGUCUGAGGGUGGUCCCAGACCGCGGUUGUAAAAUUAUUGCGGCAUGUUGCGUGCUCCACAACAUCGCCACCAUCAGAAAAGAGAGAGAGCCAAAGAUAAACCCCCAGCCCCCUGAUACUGUGGACCCAGUCACACUAGAAUAUCCAACUGGCCGGGCAGUGAGGGAGGCCAUCACACAACUAUUUGAAUAAAGAAAGAAGCUGUUUUGUUUUCCCCAUGCAUUUUAUUUAACAUAUUUUCAGGAUAAAACACAUUAGUGAUGCUUAAUGAAGGUGUUUGAAUUAAGAAUUGAAGAAGGUGUUGAUAACCUGAACAAUAACGUCUUCCUGUCAAAUAGUACUGUUUACAUUUAUCAACGUAUGAUACGUACGAACCAGUGAAACAUGAAGCAUACAGAUUAAAGCACAGAACGUGUAUAAUCUAAUAAUCUCCUAUUGCAGGAGAGGAAAUGUCACACUGGCCUCCCCAUGCCAGUUGUGGUUGAUACAUCACCUUUUUUGAUUCCCUGUUAAACCUCAUCGGUCUGCUCCCUCUGAAUGUGGAGGCUUGGGGCUCAGCUUCCUGCUGCAGUGUCAACACAGCAGUGGCAGCAGUGGGUUAUUAAAUAUUGAACACUUUAGUUGUCAACCCCUGUGUGUAGACCACUGCAGUUUAGCUACACCCAAGUCUCCAUAUUCCCACCAUCUGUUGAUGUGCACAAGUUGGACUGUACGAAACAAGCUAAGGUGAUACCUCCACAGCUCUCUCAGAGGACACAGACAGCGUCUCCUCAUGGCCUAGGUCCACCACCUGUAGAGACAGUGUACAGCAGGAGCCACCCAUUAGCCAUGUGCCAGCAGUCACGGGUCAUAUGCUGGUGUGUGACAGGAGUGUGAUACUCCUCUAUUAGAGACACAGUUUCAGAUGGUGGCUCUGUCACCACCACUGUCUUUGUAUCUCCAUCACCUGAGAGGAAAGUCGAUAGACCUGUGUUAGUAUGGGUGCUAUGAGUGUUCUGAACUGUGUGUGGUAUAAUAUGGGACUGUGACACAACACAAAUGUACAUGUAAACAGAUUGACCUCAUCUAAAUCGCCAAAGAUUUGACACGGACACAUACUUUCAACAUAUUUGGAGGAGUUAGCUCCGAAGUCAUUUGACACCCCACCUUCCACCCCGUCCACUGUGGGGCGACCCUUGUCAUUGGCAAGGGGCCAGCUCUUCUGCAGAGGUGUAUACAGGGGCAGGAGCUCUGAUGCCUGUCUGCCUCCAAAUAUUUUUCUUCUUGUUUGCUGUAACCAUGUAAAUGAGAAGGGGAAAUGUUACACUGAAGCUGAGCCUAUGGGAUGGAUGGGUUCAGCUGGAUAGGUUGGGAGUAACUCUGGGUAAGCUGAGCUCAUUUCGUGAUACAAGCCUCUGAUUGCUUGUUUUUUUGUAAAUUGCUUUUCUCAUUUUUUUGGGUAAAUAAAAGACUUAUUUUUCUA